CAAACGGUAUAUCUUUAUUUUGUCUCGAUAUUUGCACAAGUCGUUUCUCUACAAUCCUUGCUUUUGAUAGUUGUCUUUAAAGUUUGGUGUAUCGUGGAAUAAAAAAAAUUUGAAGACUAUAUAGUCUUUAUCUACAUUCUACUUUUUUUUCAAUGGCAUCUUUUUAUAAAAGUACGAUGGCCGCAAAUAGUGCUAUCAAUUCGAAUCAAAAUGACAUCCACAACGGUGAUAUUGGACAUAUCCGUGAAAUACUUUUGAAAAAUUUCAUGUGUCAUAAACAUUUCCAUUUGCAAUUUGGACCUAGAAUCAAUUUCAUUGUCGGACAAAAUGGAAGUGGAAAAUCGGCAAUACUAAUAGGUAUUGUACUAGGUCUUGGUGGCCGUGCAAGUUGUACGAAUCGUGGUUCUGGCCUUUCACUGUUCAUUAAAAAUGGUGAAUCACGAGCCCAAAUAACAUUGAAAAUAGCCAACUUUAUUGAUGGAAAAUCAACAGAUGAAAGCUAUAAAUAUGAUCGAUACGGUAAAACUAUUAUUGUUGAACGUACAAUCAGCAUAAAUGGUACAAGUUCCUAUAAAUUGAAAUCAGAAUCUGGAAAGAUUAUUUCAGAAAAGAAAGAAGAAUUGGAUAAUAUUCUGUCCCAUUUUUGCAUUUUUAUCGAUAAUCCAAUUUGUGUUCUUACACAAGAAAUUUCAAAAAAUUUCCUCAAUUCCAAAAAUGCUUCGGACAAAUUUAAAUUUUUCAUCAAAGCCACCCAGAUUGAAGAAACGAAACGAUUGUAUGAUAGUUGUAAAGAAGAUUAUGAAUAUUCUAAAAAAAAGAUUGCGGAAAAAGACGAAUUGCUUAAAUCUUACAACGAAAAAUUAGAAAAAUAUCGUAAAGAAGUUAACACAAUCGAAAAACUACGAAACAAUGUGAAUCUCAUGAAACAAUUAAAUAAUGAAUUACAUUGGGCUUGUAUUAAUGAAUACUAUAAAGAAUUGAAUGAAAAUAUUGCAAAAUUGGAUGAUAAUAAAAAGAAUAUAGAAAAAUAUGAUAACGAAAGGAACGAUAUUCAACAAGAAAUAAAUGAAAUUAAUCAACAAAAAGCCGAACUAGAUGAACGUUUGCAUAAUUUUACUUCAAUGGUCAAACAAGCACAAAAUGAUUCUCAUAUGGCAAAAAAGGAAUCAGAGGAUAUGCGAUCUCAAUUGAUUAAAAAAGAAUCGGAAAUGAAUGUUGUUAAAAAAGAGUUGAGUAAAUGUCGUUCAGAAAUCAAUGGUAUUCGUAAAAGGAUCGAUGGAAUCGAAACGAACAGCCAAGAAUGUCAACAUUUAAAUAUAGAGGAUCUUAUCAAAAAACUUGAUGAAGAAAUGACAAGUAAAAAAUCCAAAAAUCAAUCAUUAAAAUUAAAAUUGAUUGAAUUGCAACAACUCAAGGAUCAACAGGUCAAUGAAAAAAUUCAUAUCGAAGAAGAGGUUCGAAAAAAUCAAGCUCAAAUGAAAGUUAAUCAAAGUGAGAUUCUUCGUUUAAGAAGUGUUGAAAACAAUCGUUUGGGACGUUAUGGUCCCAAAUAUACCGAAUUGAAUAAACAAAUUGAUUUAUUACAUAAAAACAAAAAAUUUAAACACAAACCAUUCGGACCUAUUGGUGAAUAUAUCCGAUUAAACGACAAUAAAGCUGCAUAUGCUGUUGAAAUCUUUCUGAAAAGGAUGCUUUUUGCCUAUGUUGUCGAUAAUGAUGCUGAUGCUUGUAUCCUAAAAGAUCUCGUUAGUCGAUUAUUCAGAGGGGAUUUACUGAGUAAACCCUCAAUAAUUAUAAGAAAAUUUGUUCCAUUACAUAAUGUAUCCAGAUCUCAAGCAAUUUCACCUAAUUAUAAAAAUUUUCUUCAAUUAUUGAAUAUCAAACGUGAAGAUGAUCCGGUUGCCAAUUGCCUUAUCGAUCAUCAGAAAGUCGAACAAGUUCUUUAUAUUCCUAAUUACCGCGAAGCACAACAUAUUUUGUCUCGACGAGAAUUGGUACCGAACAACUGUAUCCGCUGCUAUACAUCCGAUGGGGAUUUAAUGUAUCCAUCGACAAAUCAUAGUGAUUACAAAUCAUAUCCUAACAGAAAUCAGAAUAAGUUUGCAAGAAUUUUAGUCGAAAAUCAUACGCAAACUAUUGAAAAUUGUCGUAAACAAAUUGAUUUUCUCCAAGAAAAAAUUGAAAAUUUAUGUCAUCAACUUCGUGAACAAAAUCGUUUGAUAGAGGAGAAUAAAAAGGAAAUCGCAAUGAUUUCACAUGAAAUUAGUCAAUGCGAAAUUGAACAACAUGAUUUGGAAAGUCAACGUUCUGAAUUGGAGGCAAAAGCUGCCAUCAAACCGGUAGAGGCUGUAGCCUUAAAAGAUGAGGUUUUCAAACUAGAAGAGGAACAAAUUGAACUGAAAAAUCAACUCCAGAAACUUGCGAUUGUACGUGAUGACCUUAAAAAUAAAUAUAACGAGUUAUUGAAAAAAUGUGAUGACAAACAACAAGAAUAUGAAAAUCUUCGAGAAUCUCGUGAUCCCAUUACCGAAAAAAUUGAAAAAUUAAAUGAUAAACAAAGAGUUCUUAUGAAUAGAUCAGAAAAGAAAACUAAUGAUUACGAAAAAUUAUUGGAUUCGAAAUCAAAGCUGGAAAAUGAAAUCAAAGUUCAUCAGCAAAAACUUCAUGAAGAGGAACAAUUGGCAUUAGAAGAGACCGAAACAAGAAUUGAAACAACAAGAAGUUCGGCAGAAAUUGGAAAAGAAAUUAGUGAUAUAGAAAAAUAUCUUGAAAUAAAUAAACACAUAAUGGAUCCAAAAGUUCAAGAACAAACAUUUGAAUCCUUUUACAAACUACAACAAUCGACUAGCAAUGUCAAGAUUGAAUUGGAUGCUUUAAAUACAUAUUUUUCCAAAUUGGAAACAUCAAGCAAAUCUCGUGAGACUGCUUAUCAUAUGUUGAUAUCAUAUAUAGAAAAAAUGGUCAACAUUCAUUUUCAAGAAUUCCUGAAACAUAAAGAAUUUGAAGGAUAUAUUGAUAUCAAGUUUCAUGAAUCAUCUAAUAGUAAUGGUGAAAGCGAAGCAAAACGUAAAGCAAAAACAUUGGAUCUUGUCAUAAGACCACAUAAAUCUUUAUCACAAUCACAAUAUAAAUCGAGUCAAGAAAUUCAUAGCUUUUCAAAUACGAAAAGUUUGUCCGGUGGCGAACGUUCAUUUUCUACCGUUGCUUUCAUUAUAUCUUUAUGGCAGGUUUGUCCAUCACCAUUCCGAAUUCUUGAUGAAGUUGAUGUUUUCAUGGACAUGGUCACAAGACAUAUCACAUUGGAUAGUUUGGUUGAAUUCGCUGCUACUAAAUCGAAUAAACAAUUCAUCUUUCUUUCACCAUUAUCAUUACAACAAUUUAAUCACAGUCAAUUUAUUAAAAUUUUUCAAAUGCCUGAACCGGCAAGAAAAUAAUUAUUUUUGUACAAAAGUAAUCAAAUCUAAAUAUAUAGUUUAAUGUAAAAGAA